AUGGUUGUCUUUUCAAUGUACAUUAUUAACAAGGCCGGUGGUUUGAUUUAUCAACGGGAUUUUGGAAAAUAUAGGGAGCCAUUCCAGAUGAGACUGAUGACAGCCUCAACUCCAUCAUCAGAGAAUGGUGUUAGUGGAGAGGAUAUUGGAGAGAUCAAGUCAUCAACAACAGGCUCUAGAAAAUCAGCCCAUUUAACCAGUUUAAAACCUACCAAAGACACGAGUAAUGCCUUAAUUUUGGAUUCCUAUCGUUCAUCUGUGGAUUCUGCAGCAUUGUUUGAUCAAUUGGUGUUUAAUCAGGGCAGUAAGAGUUGUGGAACACCUUCAUCAUCAACACCCAUGACACCCACUCAACAAGUGUCAACAUCAGUUUCAGCAACAAUAUUGCAACAACAAAAAGAGGACAAAAAACAAGAGCCUUCUGAAAUUGUCCAACCUACUGCAGAUUCUCAACAGCAACAACAGGAUAAAUCUGUUGACUCUUUGGAGCAAACAAAUAGUGUUGCUACUCCACAAAAUAAUGAUGAACUCUUGGAUCCAAGUGUCACACCAGUGACAAAGAAAGAGGAACCUUCUACGACAGUUACUGUUGUUGAUAAUGGUGCCACUAUUGUAAAAGAUGAGAAUGGGGAUCAAUGGCAAGAACAAGAAGAUGAUUUGGAAACAUUUGACUCAGAAACUGAAACAGAUGCAGAUUUUCUUCUUCCAUUCUCAAAGGUUGAAACAUUUGAUAAUGAAGAUUUUGAUCUUGAGGAUCUAUUGGCAUUCUCAGAAUUGGCAGAAAUGGAAAAUUAUGAACCAAAUGUUGAUGAACAACAGUUGGAAUUGUACAGAACUAAACUUCCACGCUUUUUCGAUUUCGAUCCCAAUGUUGAGGAUAGAAAGAAAAAGCUCAUCACAUUACUCUUCAACAUGCUGCACCCAUACAACGGUCUCGAUAGAGCUAGAGGUAAAUCAACAAACAGAAAGGCUACAAUUUUCUCGGGAGUUUCACCAUUACAAUAUCAAGAAUUUAAAAAGUUCUCUGUUGAAGAGGCAGGAAAACUCAUUUAUCGUGUUUUUACAGAGUGGUGGAAAUUGAAAAAUGCUACAAAUAUUGUACUGCGUGAUGGAAUGACUCCAGAACAGCAAUAUAAUACCAUCUUUAGUAAUAUUGAGCAAAUUUUGAAAACCAAUACUGCUCUAUUGCAUGAUCUUAAGAUGGACUUUAAGAUGCACUAUCCUAAAAAUCAUUUUCCAUCUAUUUUCAAGAAGAUUUUACCAUUUCUCAAGGUGUAUACUGUCUAUGUGAAUAAUUAUGAAAAAGCAAACGAAUUAGUGGAAGAAUUGAUAGCAAGAAAUCCAAAAUUCAACGAAUAUGUAGAAAGUGUUUAUAAAAAGAAGGGUGUGACUCUAGUUUGCUAA